AUGGGCAAGAACAAGAAGUCCUCCGUACCUGACGAGCAGCACCUACACCUUCCGCGUCUCUCCUCCAUCCCAGAGGGCAUAAUCACACCAAUCGUUGAUACGCAUACGCACCUGCACUCGACCUUCGGUGCCUAUCGCAGCAAGUAUCCGUCCGGGCGCUAUGAGACCGUCUUCGACUUCGUGCGGGGGAUGUAUGACGGGCGAGGCGUGGAGGCGAUUGUGGACGUAUGGUGCGAGGCGCCGGUGCUGAAGCAGGCGUGGAGGGAGCUCGCGGACUCUGCGCUGACGGAGGAAGGGAGGAAGAGCCAGUGGGCGGGUAUGGAGUAUUGGUUCGUUAUGGGUGCGUAUCAGUUCCGUGCCUAUCGCCCGGCACUCGUUGCGGUGCUCCCGUGCGGGGCUGUGUCCAUCCCGAAGCUCUACUCGGAGGAAGUAGAGAAUGAUAUCCUAGAAGCGAUGGCCCAUCCACGCUGCGUCGGCUGGGGCGAAAUAGGCCUAGAUUACCAUUACGAUAACUCUCCCCGUGAACUCCAGCAGCAAGUCUUCACCCGCCAGCUCCGGCAUGCUGUACGUCUCGGUAAGCCGCUCACCAUCCACACGCGCGAGGCGGAGGAGGACACGGAGAGGAUAAUGAAGGAAGAGGUGCCGAAGGACCAUAAGAUCCAUAUACACUGCUAUACGGACUCGCCGGAGUGGGCUGCGCGAAUGCUGGGGCACUUCCCCAAUCUAUACAUCGGCAUCACAGGCGUCAUCACUUACUCUUCGAACCUCAACACCGCCAACGUCAUCCGCCAUCUCACCUCCUCGCCAUCGUCUUCUCUGCGCAUUCUCCUCGAGACAGACGCGCCUUUCAUGGUACCGUCAAACUUAUACGACACCGCGCUCAAGGGCGUGAAGGGCCGUCUGCCGCUGAGCCACAGCGCGAUGAUCCCGUGGACGGCGGAGUUCGUCACCGGAGUCGCAAACGAGGCGGGGACGGGGGUGGAGGUGGAGGCGGGGAGAGCAGAGUCGUGGGAUGCGGAGAGGGUGAUGCGCGUAGCGAGGGAGAAUUCGAGGAACAUGUACGGCGUUUGA